CCUUCCCUCAGGUCCGAGUCACGUUUGACAUGAAUUGCUGGUGGCCGCACGGUGAAGUUCGUUCCGACAGGAGUUUAACAUGCGAAUACUUCUCUUUUGAAUGCUGUCGCCAUUCAGGGUAACGGACUGCCAGAGGAAACACAGGGCACAAUGGUGAAGUAUUUCUGCUGCGCAGGUUUGCUCAAAAGCACCUGGGACCAAGUUUGUGUUGCUUUCUGGCAGCGAUAUCCCAACCCUUACAGUAACCAUGUCUUGACGGAGGACAUUAUCUUCCGAGAGGUUACUCCAACCAACUGCCUCAUUUCCAGACGUCUGUUGACCAAAACAAGCCGAGCGCCUCGCUGGAUGGAGCGGUACCUUCCAAAGCACAUGGCCAGCUCGGCGUACAUCAUCGAGGACUCCAUUGUGGACCCUCAGAAAAGGACCAUGACCACACUCACCUGGAACAUCAGCCACGCUCGCCUCAUGUCUGUGGAAGAGCGGUGCGAGUACCACAUUAACCCCGACAAUGGCAGCUGGACUGAGAUAAAAAGAGAAGCUUGGAUCUCUUCCAAUGUCUACGGACUCACUAGAGCUAUUCAGGAAUUUGGUCUUGCAAGGUUCAAGACCAGUGUUACAAAGACCAUGAAAGGCUUUGAAUACGUGUUGGCCAAAAUGCAAGGUGAAACUCCAUCCAGAACCUUAGCAGAGACUGCUACGGAGCGAGCAAGAGAGACAGCACUUGCGGCUAAGGAGAAAGCCAAAGACCUCGCCUCACAGGCCCAGAAGAAACAAUACGUGUGACGCACUGCAGAGAUCAUCGGCUCUUUUGCUGCUUAUACAGGGACAGCUUUACUCUUACCUCCCCCUCAUGUUUCAGUCGAGCAUUAGGGUAAGACAAACUGUUCCCGGUCAUGGGUUGAUGCCUCUAUGAGGAAGUAAGGAACUGAAAUGGUGGGUGGACCAUAAAAGGCCUGAGCUGGCUUCAAGAGCCUGUUCCAGCCUCCUGGGGUAUAUUGUACCUUUGAUACCAGGUCAUCUCAGUAUCACCAUAGAUAGAUCUUAAAGAAUGGUUGAAUAUGGCUCUGGGUGCCAUGACAUAAUAAUAGCACUUUGCCUUGACACUGAUCCUCAGACCUUUGUUCAACCUCUGUGCCCAUCAACAGCGUUCAGUUUACUCUGUUCAUCUCAGUAUGUCAGUUUGUAAUGGUAAUGACUUUUUCUUCAGAAGCUAAAAUUAGCAUAGCUCGGAAUAUCUGAUCAAUGCAAAAUUAUGUGUCUGUUGUUGUAUGUUUUGUUGCUGUCGUGUUAUAUUUUAUUUCAGCUCACCCAGCCACACCUUAAUGCAGGGUUCCUACACAUUUCCCAUUUCAAACUUCUCUACUUUUCCAGACUUCUGUGAAGAUUUCUCACAUCAUAUUUGACAUCUGAGUACAAAUAGCUAGAAUGAGUUUAAAAAAAGUUAAAUAAAUGGCAUCUGUGCAGCCUUGUUUAUUCGGUUGCCAUGGCGACAACAGUUAACACAAAGAUGACUAUUCUGUUAAUAACAUAACUGCAUAACUCCUCUGUGUUUAGACAAGCUUAAUAAUUGAUUAUUUGUGAUGCUAUGUAUAUAUGCAAUUAAAAGAUAUCGCCACGUUUUCAAAGCAGUUUGGUGGCGGAUGUCCAGAUUUGCAACCGUUUUAAGGCGCUUCGGGCGGAGCUGUUUUGCAGGCUGUAUGUAGAGGCAUAGAGGCAGCUCUGCAUAGGAGUGUGUGUCCAGUCGAACGCCAUACUCCUUGCCUUGCUUUCGGGGACAUCAAGCUCUCUCUGGCUGCUUGUUCCAAAUGCCAUGAAAAACACUGAUUAUAUGAUCAGUUUAUUUUUUAGAAAUUGUGAAUUUUAUAUUCUAUAGAACAGAAUGACAAUAGACUGGAAUCACAAGUAUUUUUUCAUAGAGUUUUCUUUUCCAUUCUUAUCCAGUCCUGGAAAUGACUCAAAUCAAUCUCCAUACUUUUCUAUCCUGCGUAGGAACCCUGUUAAUCAUCCUACCAAGACUGAUUGCUUCACUGACUGAAGAAGGGUCCAUAUUGUUGGCAGUCAUAGCUUGAUAAGAUACACUCAUUUAGCAUUAGUGGUAAAAUCUGGUCACAAUGGACAUCAGUGUCUUCAGCUUAAUUUAGAUGCAUGUACAAAGGCGAACAUGUACGGUACAUUCAGCUUAGGUCUGAUGACACAACCCCAUGCAACAAUAUGCUCUUCCUGUAUCAAUCAAAUAUCAGCUUGUCAAUAAAGGGACAGUUCCUUUGUUACAAUCAUA